AUGUUUUCAGCAAAGUCGUUCUUCUAUGCGGCGCUCGGCGCAGCAGUCUCACUCUCUGGGGUCCAAGCACAAGUGGCUGACUACCCUUUUGACAUUAACGGUGCUUUCGAAGGCGCGUCUGCUUCCACAACAGACUUCAACUCUGGUGGUAUAAUCAAGUGCAACGGGCACGCCAUCACCGUACCCAAGAAUCUCCAGGUCGCAUACCCUGCCGCCUUCAUUGGCUUCAAAGACUUUGUCGCCAGCAGCAGCGGCUACACUGGCUACAACUGCGAGGUCACCGGCAACGUGGCCAACGGUGUCCCCAUAGCGGCCCAGGUUUACAUUGCACAAGGGCUGCUCAAUGAUGCCUUCGGCUAUGUCGACAAGGUCAACUUCGACGGCAGCAUCAAGAUGCAGGAUGGAGUCACCCUCCGCAUCAAUGACCCUCGUGCCAUCUACUCUGUGGGAUACACGUCUCAGCCCUUCUUCACUGCCGACGAUGCCAACCCCAGCAUCACCUCCUUCUCGGGUUUUCCCAUGUGCGUCCCGCGCAACGCCACUGACCCUUCCUGCCCUCUGUCAAACCGUCCCGACGUUGCUGGCUCCAAGCAAGGAACAUUCCAAGCACCAGAUGCCCUUGUCAUGGCCCCGAUUGUCACUGGUGACUUUAUCGAGUAUUCUGGCAUCCAGGCUGGCGGUGAGAUCAUCGUAUACAACCUCAUCGUGAGCAACGUCCAGAUCACCACAACUGGGGCACCAACCUACAUCCGCAUGGAGGACGUCAACAUCGGCGUCUGGACCGCCGACACUGCCAAUCAAGAAAUCGCCCAGACCCGGUUCGUCGGAUACACCUCAGAUUCGUCCGCCAACGUCAACCCCAUCAAGAUCUACGCCAUCGAGUACGACCCCUGCACCGGUGAGGGCGUCGACCGCGAGAUUGCCGGCGUGAGUGUGCCCAACACCGCGGCCCGCAACAAGUUUGAGUACCGCAUUACGGCAACGCAAAACGACCAGUACGCCCGCGAGUACCACAUCGUCGCCGGCACAGGCACCGUGACGACCAAGAACGGCAUCGUCGCCGGCCAGUACGUCAUGCCCGUGUCCGAGUGGAUCCAGCCCGAGGACAGCGUCCCCGGGCGCCCGCCCACCCCCCACGACUUCCGCAGCUACUCGUUCCUGACCAAGGGGCUCGGACGCGACUCCAACGGCCAGCUCUGGGGUCCCCUCAGCCCAUUCCCUCAGACUGGCGCGACUCUAUUUGACAACUCCCAGUGCGCGCCCGCUACCGGUACUGGCACUGGCACGAGCACUGGAACAGGCACGGGCACCGGAACAGGCACUGGCACUGGAACAGGCACGGGCACCGGAACAGGCACUGGCACUGGAAACGCGCCCCCAACCAAGUACAAGGACGUCGUGACAAUGACGGCAUACAGCUGGGUCUCGUCUCAGAGCGGCACCCUCUCUGUUGACUGCCAGUCCAACAGCACCGACGACAACGCCGUUUCGAUGAAGAUCAGCUACGCCAACAAGGACGGCAUCACCAACAACCUGAGCAUGACGUCCGCCGGUAAAGGUCUCUGGAAAUUUACGGGCAGCAAGAUCAAGCAGCCAACCGCUGGCUCGGUCGUCUGCAAGAGUGGUCUUGGAGGCUCCGCUUCUCGUUAAUAUGGCUUGCGAGGUCUAAUCCUGCUGUUCUGGUACUUUGGCUUCAUUGAUUUCCUCUCUUGUUCUUAUUGUUUUCCCUUUCGGUUUGAUUUACUUGUACUAUACCUCUAGACAUGGACUUUUGACGAAUGACGAUCAUCACACCCGUAAG